AUGAGUUAUUCAACAUUUGAAGAAACAUUUCAAUAUCAAUAUAAUAUAAAACGAUUACAUCGAUUUGGAAGUCAAUAUGUUGGAAAUCGAACAUGUUAUAAAACUUUAGAAUGUAAUUAUGGUUUAUUAUGUCUUGAUUGGAGAAAUAUAUGUGAUGGUAAACAACAAUGUAUGGAUGGAUUAGAUGAAGAUUAUUGUGAAUUACUUGAAUAUAAUGAAUGUCAAAUAAAUGAAUAUCGUUGUGCGAAUGGACAAUGUAUUGAUGAAGAAUUUUUUCUAGAUGGUGAUAUUGACUGUAUGGAUCGUACAGAUGAACAAUAUAAAGCAUUAUCAAAAUAUCAUAUUCGAUUUAAUGAUUGUCCAUUUAAACCAGAUUUUAAUUGUGAAGAAUUAUUAGCACCAAGAACAUAUUUUUCUUGUGGUGAUGGUGAAUUAUAUCCAGAUACAGCUGUUUUAUAUAGUGAAUCAUAUCAUAAUGAACAUUGUCUUACUUUUCGUGAUAAAAAUUUCAUGUGUGAAUUAGAUCAAUCUGGACUGAUGAUGUGGACUAAGAAAAAUGGACAGUGUGUACUUUAUGGUCGAUUAGAAGGAAAUACUACAGAUGAUAUUUGUUUAUUUUUGAUUAAAUGUGCAUUAACUAAUGGCCAAGGACGUGGCUGUCCUUGUAAUGGUCAAAAUUGUAAAAAUCGCAUUAUAUAUUAUAAUUGUACAACCAAUGGUAGUUAUGUUGAAUAUCCCAAAGGUGGAAUAUUUGCUCCAUUUGUCAAAACAUUUUAUCUAUUAGAUUAUCUAUAUGGAAAUCGACGACCGAAUAAUAUUUCCUUUAGUGGAAGUAUUAAAUGCAAUGGAUUUCAAGUUUCUGUCAAAGAGUUAAACUUUAUAGAUUAUGAUGCUUUUACAUUUGCUAGUAGUGCUACAUGGCGUCAUUUUGAAUAUUUAUAUUGUAAUAUAAUAAGUACUGGACGAUUUGCUAUCCGUAAUCUAUCAGGUCCGCAAUAUGAUGAAAACUGUUGGAAAAGUUUAUAUAAAUCAGUUAAAUGUCCAUAUACUGAUCGAUGUAUAUCUGUAUAUCGUAUAGCUGAUGGUAACAGUGAUUGUGAAUCAGACGAUGAUGAACCAUCUAACAAUGUCAAUCCUUCACUACUACCUGUUAAUUGUUCAUCAAUUCAAAAGCAUCGUUUUCAAUGUUCUAAAGAAGAACCAUCAUGUCUUUUAAGUACAAAUAUUGGCGACACUUUUCCACAAUGUCUUACUAAUAAUCGUGAUGAAUAUUUUAUUGAAAAAAAUCUAAAAUUAUCAAAUCAUCUAUGUACUAUUGAUAAUCCUUUAGCAUGUCAACUAAUAAAACAAUAUAUUGAACAAUCAUCAUCAUUAUUUCUUUCAAUAAUAAAUACGACAAAUUAUGAUACAAAUAAUAAUUUAACAUUGUCAGAGAUUAAUUCAAUGUCUUUUAAUCAAUAUUGUGAUACAAUUUGGGAUUUAAAACUAGGUUUUGAUGAAACACCAUUUUUAUGUAAAGAUUGGAUUUGUCCAAGUAACUAUUAUCAAUGUCACAAUGGACAAUGUAUUCCAUCAGCAUGGAUUUGCGAUGGUGAAUGGGAUUGUAGUGAUGCAAGUGAUGAAGAAGUUUUCUUAACAAUAACUAAACUAUCGUUGCAUAAUUCGAAAGUUAUCGAUUCUAUUAAAUUACUAAUACUACAAGAAAAAUGUCGUGGAAUACAUAUCAUACGACCAUUUUCAAAUCUUUGUACUCAAUUUGAAUAUCCAUGUUUAUUGACAAAUGUUAAAAAUCCAUUUAAUUUCACUGAAAAUCCUCCAUGUAUAAAUAUAACAAAGAUUGGUGAUGGAAUAUCUGAUUGUUAUGGUGGAUUAGACGAACGAAAUAUUCGUGGUUGUUCUUCCCAAAGAAUGUUAGGUUUUAAUUUUGAUUGUCCAAUAGAACAAUCCGUAACGACUAUUGAUAACCAUUGUAUUCCUUAUAGAGAACAAUGUAUUAAUCGUUGUUUAAAUGGUGAAGAUAAGAUUUUAUGUUUUUAUUUAAAAAAUAAUUCAAAAAUUCGUUGUAAUGGUGAUACAGUUCCACUAACAGAUCCAUAUCCAGAUGUUAAUUGUCUCAAUGGAACAUGUAUAUUAAAUGCUAGAUGUAAUGGAAUAUUGGAAUGUUCUUACGGUGAAGAUGAAUAUUAUUGUGCGAAUAUAUCAACGGCAUUUCGAGGAUAUCGACCGGAUAAACAUCAUUAUAUGACUGAGAUUGUCCAAAAUGUUCAUCUAUCGAAUUAUCCAGAAAAAAUCAAUGAAAUAUUAUUAGAAAAAUCUAAAAAAGAUUUGAAUUUAUCUUCUUCUUCUUUUCAAAUUCCGAAACGAAAAUUAUCUUUACGAAUUGAAAAGAAGAAUUUGAUUAACGAUUAUAGAUAUUUUGAUCCAACAAAUAUUGAUGAUGAACUUUCAGGAAUGGAAGAAUAUUUAAUCAAUACAACAAUUGAAGCAUGGACAUGCAAUCGAGGAGUCACUCACGACUUUUCGUUCGCACCGGUUAGUCGCGUACAUAUCGAUUCUUACGUUCUUCUUCGUAUCUUAUCUUCAUCUUUAUCCUUAUCCCUUGCUGUGAUGANAAGGAGCCGAAUAUUAUAG